AUGAAGCUUGAUACAAAGGCCCUCCGAUACCUGAACCCCACCGACUGGCGCACACUGACUGCUGUCGAGACUGGCAGUCGCAAUCAUGAAGUCGUCCCGACACCACUGAUCGCGAACCUCUCGAAGUCCAGUGUCGGAGAUGUUCAGCGCAGUAUCUCUCUGCUUGCAAAGGCCAAUCUCAUAGCCAAAGUCAAGAACGCCAAAUAUGACGGGUACAGACUCACUUACGGCGGGCUGGACUACUUGGCCUUGCAUUCCCUGCAGAAAAGCAACAUUGUCUACAGCGUUGGGAACCAGGUUGGAGUCGGGAAAGAAAGUGACAUUUUCGUCGUAAGUGACGAGAAGGGUGAGCAGCGAGUGCUUAAAAUCCAUCGGCUCGGCAGAGUCAGUUUCAAAAAGGGGGUGAGGAACAAGCGAGACUAUGCCCGGACCAAAGCGCAGAAAGAGAGAGGUGCUGGGAGUUGGAUGUACAUGUCGAGGCUGGCAGCCGUCAAAGAGUAUGCUUACUUGCAAGCACUCUAUGACGCCGGCCUCAGCGUACCAACUCCUCAUGGUCAGAACCGCCAUCACCUGGUCAUGUCGCUCAUUGACGGGUUCCCCCUCCGACAGAUUGAUAAGGUCCCUGACCCAGCAGGGCUGUACGCGGAGUUGAUGGAGAUCCUGCUACGACUGUGCUCGUUUGGCUUAAUCCAUGGAGAUUUCAACGAAUUCAACAUCUUGAUCAGAGAGCAGGAAGAAGCCGACAAUAUCAAGUUGAUACCAGUAUUGAUUGACUUCCCUCAGAUGGUCAGUGUGGAUCAUGCCGAUGCGGAAUUCUAUUUCAACAGAGACGUUGAAUGCGUCAAGCGGUUUUUCACUAGACGAUUCGGGUUCACUAGCAACGAAGAAGGUCCUUUCUUCAAAGAUGCUAGACAGGCGGUCGGCAAGGACGGAGCCAGAAGGCUCGAUGUGGAAGUCGAGGCCUCGGGAUUCUCCAGGAAGAUGGCCAAAGAGCUCGAGACAUACAUGAGAGAGCAUGGUGUGGACGGCGACGCCAAGGAUGCCGAAGCUGUUGAUCACGAUACCACAGAUUCAGAGGACCAUCCCGACGAAGAAAACGACGAAGAAAACGACGAAGAUGAGACAGAAAGUGACUCCGCAGUUCCCAACCCCCACACUGGCUAG